AUGGCUUCCACCAAACCCAUCCAACGAAUCACUCUGUUCAAAAUCCCAAAGCAAGAGGACCAGGAUAAGCUACUGGAGAUAUAUAGACACAUGCCUGAGAAGGCUGUCAAGGAUGGCAAACCAUACAUACUGUCGGUCAAGCCUGGCCGAGCGUUUCCUGAUCAACGCGCCCAAGGGUUCACCGUUGCAGUAGUUUCAGUAUUCUCAAGCUUGGAGGAUAUGCAAUUCUACGACAACGAAUGCAAAGCGCAUGCCGAGCUCAAGAGCUUUGCCAAGACGGUUCACCAGGGUGCCAUGAUGGUCUUUUACGAAAGCAUCUUUGAUUGA